AUGGAGACAUUCGAUGAUAAAGGCUGUAUUAGUGGUUAAAAUAACAUUAAAUUUGUCAAGAUUCAGGAUGUCUACAAGAUUAAAAAUUUUUAAAAUUACAUUUGCAAGCCUUGCUAUAUGAGAUAUUUAAAAAACUAGAGUAUAAAUCUGAUUUUUAAAGAAUUGAGCUUUAAAACUUAUAACUAGUUGGAUUUUAUCACUUCAAAGUAGAUCGAAUUGAUGACAUCAGAAUUCUAACUGUUCCUUUUAAAAACAUAAUCAUUUAUUAAAGAUGAAAAGGAAUAAAUUGAUAAACUUCCAAAAACUUACAACAUCAAUAUUUUAAUUCCCCAAAAUACUCUGGUUGAAAAAUUGCUUGAUAAGAAACUUCAUAGUCUUUAAUUCAAUUGGUUGACUGAUAGAAUACUAUUUGCUUAUUCAAAUCAAUCUGAAUUGGAUAUAUUUAAAUUGGGGGUUCCAAAUAAAGUUAGUUAAACACAGAUUUUGUCUGAGACUUAUUUGAAAUACAGCACUGACUAUUCAGCAAUAGCGAGAUACAAUAACUAUAUUUUUAUUGCCGGAGGUCAUAAUAAUUUAACUUGGCUGCAAUAUUUAUUUAGCUAUGACUUAGUUUCAGAAAAAUUAGUUCUUCUGAAAAAUUUUGAAAAAAGCUUAAUUACUCCAACUUUACUUUGUAAUAAAUUUGGAUCUCAUUUUUUAAAAUAAACUAGAGGAUUGUAAUUUUUCUAUUUGGGUUAAGCUAAUAAAUUCACUUAAAUGAACUACUACUUUAUGCCAGAUCAAAGCUCAAAAAAUAAGCUAAAGGUUGAUUUUGAAAGUAUUGUUGAAGAUAUAUACUUGAAUACAGAUUCAAUUAACUAGCAACUUAAGUAAUUGAAUUUCACUUAUUCAUACCCAGCAAUGUUUCUUUAUUAAGGAUGUUACCUGGUAUUAUUUGGUGGUAUAAAUGUGUUUACUCUUGAAACUACAAAUAGAUUGUUGGUGAUUGAUAUUUAAAAUUUUGAUAAACCCAAAGUAUUUGAACUUAAUUAAGAAAUUUAAAAGAAAUAGGGAUAGAGUUACAGUGAUUACUUCUUUGGUAAUCAAGUAUUAACUAAUAAAGUUUAGACUUUUCGCAUGAGAGGAGAGCAUGGAAUUUAUAAAGCCAACUGCAAACAUUUGAGAAAUAAGGAGAUGUUAAUUUCUGUUGAGAAAAUAUUCAACUUUUGA